AUGUCAUCUGAUCCAUUCUACAAUUUUUUUGAUUCGAUUAACAAUGAAGUUCAAUACUUCAACAGAUUGUUAGAUCCUGAUUUCAGACCAUAUCGUCAGGGACAGCGUAGAACGUUGACUGACAGAGAUCAAAACGAGGACCUAAACAGUCAAUUAGUAAGACGUGACGAAUAUCAGCGUCCUAGAUUAUUCAACGAUCUUAAUGAUUGGUUUAACAAUGAUUUAUCAUUGUUCCCUGUCAAUAACUUGAGAAGCUCGGCUACUUUAGCUCCUCCAGUGGAUAUUUUAGAUCACGAUAAGAACUAUGAAUUGAAGGUCACUGUGCCAGGUGUUAAGGGUAAAGAAAACAUUAACCUGGAAUAUCACAAAGAGAAAAAUCAAAUUGUGGUUACUGGUGAGAUCCCUGCCACCUUAACAGAAGAUAAUAAGGGGAAAGUCAAAGUUCAAGAGCGUGCUUCCGGUAAAUUUAGAAGAGUUAUUGGCUUGCCCGACUCACCAGGUAUUGAUGCUGAUAACAUCAAGGCAGACUAUUCAGGCGGUAUCCUAACAUUGACAGUUCCAAAAUUAGAACCUGCAGAAGAAGAUGCUGCAAAUAAGGUGCAAAAGAUUGAAAUCACUUCCCAAGAAUCAUGGAAUAAUUAA